AUGGCUUUUACAGAUUAUAUUAGGAUCAGCGGAUUCGUCCAGGACAUGAAGUCCAUGAACUUCAGUCUCUACGGCCAAUGGAUAGGCAUUGUGCUGAUAUUUCUGUCGAUCGCCCUGGGCAUCGCCAACAUCUUCCACUUCAACAUUGUGAUUGUGUUUGCCAUUCUGGCAAUCAUCCAGGGCAUAAUCCUGGCAUUUGUGGAGGUGCCGUUCCUGCUCAAGAUUUUCCGGGUGCCUGAUUGGUUCAUCCGCGGGGUCCAGACGCUGGACCAGAACAUGUACAGGGUGCUGUUCUACGUGAUAAUGGCGGUGAUCCAGUGGCUAAGCAUCACGUGCAUGUCGACGUCGCUGAUUGCGCUGGCGGUGCUCAUGACGAUUGCGGCGAUCUGCUACGCGGUGGCUGGCGUGAUGAAGCAGGAGUUCCACAAGUCCAACGUUGUGGCCAGCGUCGACGUGAGCGAGAUGCCGAUCGACGCACAGAUCAGACAGGCGUUGUGA